AUGGCCGCGGAGGUCGCCGCCGAAGCGCUGGGCGAUGAAUGGAAGGUCGGUGUGGACCGCAUCAGCGGUGGGAAUGACAAGCAAGGGUUUCCCAGGAAGCAAGGUGUCUGGACCCACGGGCCGCGUCCGUCUGCUGCGGACCAAGGAGACUGGGGCGAGGAGGCACAAAUCUGCCCGGGCUGCAUUGUGGAUGCCAUGCUGAGCCUUCUCAACCUGGUUAUUGUAAAGAAAGGGGAGACAGAUACCCCAGGACUGAAUGACACAACUGUGCCUCGGCGCCUGGGGCCACAAAGAGCCAGCAGACUCCGCAAACUCUUCCAUCUCUCUAAAGAAGACCACGUCCGCCAGUGUGUUGUGAGAAAGCCCCUGAACAAAGAAGGCAAGAAACCCGGGACCAAUGCGCCCCAGAUUCAGCGUUUGCCGGUGCUGGCAAUCCAAGUCCUGGGCACAGUCAAAUGGUUCAACGUCCGGAAUGGUUACGGAUUCAUCAACAGGAACGAUACCAAGGAGGAUGUCUUUGUUCACCAGACAGCUAUUAAAAGAAACAACCCCAGGAAGUUUCUGCGCAGCGUGGGAGAUGGAGAGACUGUGGAGUUUGAUGUCGUGGAAGGAGAGAAGGGUGCAGAAGCUGCUAAUGUCACUGGGCCCGGGGGGGUGCCAGUGAAGGGCAGCCGCUAUGCCCCAAAUCGACGUCGGUUCCGCCGCUUCAUUCCCCGGCCUCGCCCAGCUGCCCCACCUCCCAUGGUGGCAGAGGCCCCCACAGGUGGGGCAGAGCCAGGCAGCGAAGGAGAGCGGGCUGAGGACGCUGGGCAGCGGCCCCGACGUCGCCGCCCACCACCCUUCUUCUACCGACGGCGAUUUGUACGAGGCCCCCGGCCCCCCACCCAGCAGCAGCCUAUAGAGGGCACUGACGGCGUAGAACCUAAAGAGACAGCCCCACUGGAGGGGGACCAACCGCAGGGAGAUGAGCGGGUCCCCCCACCCAGAUUCCGGCCCAGGUACCGAAGGCCUUUCCGCCCCAGGCCACCCCAGCAGCCGACCACAGAAGGUGGGGAUGGUGAGACCAAGCCCAGCCAAGGCCCCACUGAUGGUUCCCGGCCUGAGCCCCAGCGCCCACGAAACCGCCCCUACUUCCAGCGGCGGCGGCAGCAGCCCCCUGGCCGGCAGCCUACAGUCUCAGAGACCUCAGCCCCCAUCAGCAGUGGGGAUCCCCCCCCUACCAUACUGGAGUGACUCCAACUGUAAGGACACCCAGAGCUACCACCUGGUUUCUACCAGUUUUUCCAACUGACCUGUACCCCCUUCUCCUUUCCCAUAAACUCAUGCCAUCAAGACACCAGCUCUUCCCGCUUUCCUUGAGACGCAGGAGGGUCAAAGCCACAGCCUUGUGCUUGUUUUUGGUUUGUUUUCCUCUCCCCCCAGUACCAAGGUUGAAGGAAAGGAUCCACCCUAUCAUUCCCAGGCACCCAUCACGCCCUCCCCUAAAUCAGGCUGAGAAGGAACCAGCCAGCUCUUCCCUCCUCCCGGUGUUUCUUUCCCACCCCAGUUUAUUUUUGCUCCCCCCCUCCCCCCAGCCCCCACCUCUGAAGCCAUUUUAUGAACUGCCUCGUGCCACCAGAGCCCUCCAGUAAAAACAGAAACAGGC